UAAUUAUCCUUUUCAGGUUUGUUGAAGUCGAAGUCAAAGUCACCCCGGAACAUGGUAUAUCCGUCGCCGAUGAUUCAGUCUCCACGUUGGAGUGUCGUCACAACUUGGUUUGGGCGGCCCAAGCUCCUCUCCGAUGUUUGAGCUGAGACACCUUGGUGCUCCAACCACAUCAGCCAACGCGCGAUGUACACAUCAAUAAGACUGUUUUCACGCGUAGAACUGACCAUAGCUACCACGCAUCGCUCAGCUUAGGCCUAAACCAUCUGCAAUGUUGUGGCUUGUGAAACUGUCGCUGCAGCUCCUCGAUCCUUUCUGGGAUGCAGGAUAUAAGGGUAUAGACUUCAGGACUCAGUCAUCUUUGAAGGUGGGAAGUGUGUUGAAAAGUGAUUGCCAGACUCCUACCGCGACAGCGCCAUCUUCGAAGCUUCCAGACUACUUCGACACGACCCUCGGGUGGUAUGCUGGGCCUACCGCCACAGGACCCUCACCAUGGCUUGCUCAAACAAACGCAGCUCCUUUCGUAGGAGUGUCAUACAUACCGAACACACCUCUCGAAACCCAAGCUCCAAUACCCGGCAACAAACAUGGCUACAACAUUUUCGAGCGUCUCGGCCACAUGAGCCCAUAUUUCCCUAACCCACGAGGCUUCGGAGUUCACGAGUAUCCAGUACCACCAGGCGCAAACGUUACAUGGCUCAAUAUGAUCCACCGACACGGCAGUCGCUACCCAGAAGUCACGGGCAACGAGCUACGACUUGCCCAGAAGCUCACAGACGCGAAAGGGAAAUACCAAGCUCAUGGAGCAUUGUCCUUCCUCAAUGACUGGCGUAAUGUGCUCGGAGCAGAGAUCCUCGUACCUGUUGGUAAGCAGCAGUUGUUUGACUCUGGCACUCUGCAUUAUUACCAAUACGGGCACCUAUAUCCCAACGAUGGCAGCAAGAUCAUCGCACGGACGACCACGCAAAGACGGAUGCUAGAAUCUGCGGAGUACUUCAUGGCUGGGUUCUUCGGGCUAGGUUGGACGCAGAACGCGACGCUGGAAUUGGUGAUCGAGAGCAAGGGCUUCAACAACACCCUCGCGGGAUAUAAAGGGUGCAAUCGAACAAGCUGGGACAUUGGUGGCAAAACGUCACGAGAAUGGGCCGAGACGUAUCUACAAGAUGCACAUCAACGCAUACGGGGCAACAUAACGGGCGGCUUGGACUGGACUCUGAGCGACACUUAUAGCGCACAAACUCUCUGCGCCUACGAAACCGUUGCGGUCGGCUUCUCCCACUGGUGCAACCUCUUCACGUACGAGGAAUGGGAGGCCUUCGAAUACAGCCUCGAUAUCGCUUUCGCCGCCGGUACAGGCUUCCUCUCUCCAAUAGGCCGCGCCAUCGGCAUAGGCUACGUCUCAGAAGUCCUCGCGCGCAUGCAGCAUCACGUUCUGUCUUCACCUACUGCACUAAUCAACACCACUCUCGACAACAAUACCGUCACGUUUCCCACACAACAAGCUCUCAACCUUGAUUUCAGCCACGACUCAAACAUCAUCAGCAUCUUAGUUGCCUUCGGCCUUACGCAGUUUGCAGAGUACCUCCCACCUACUCGCAUCCUACCCGAACGAGAGUUUGUAAUGGCGUACAUCGAGCCAUUCGCCGGACGCCUAGACAUCGAAGUCAUACAAGCGCCUGCUCCAAUCAAUCCCAGUCGCUCUGUGGCGGUCCAUGAGCUGUACGAAGACGGGCCUCCGACCUCUUACGUUCAUUUCGUGCUGAACCAGCGGACUGUGCCGCUGGGAAAGAGUUUGAAAGAGUGCGGUAAUCGAGAUGAUGGGUGGUGCGAGAUGACAGCGUUUUUGGAGGUGCAGAAAGUGCAGGUUGAGAAGGCAGACUUUGAGUGGGCUUGUUUCGGAGACUACGAGAUGCCAGAAUAUGGAACUGUCAGCGAUGGACGACCGCCGAGCAAAGAGUAAACGGAAGUGCCUACAUGACCCCAAGGUGAGCGAUUUUACUACAAGAUGGAAGCAUAUAAAUAAAGCUGGAGUAUCUUGACACAGUUCGCUUGAACCUAUCUGAAAUAGGC